AUGGCGUCCCUUCCGAAGACGAUGAAGGCGGUUCUGAUUGAGAAGACGGGCGGGACGGAUGUCCUGCAGUACAAGACGGACGUGCCCGUGCCGGAGCCGAAGGGCGACGAGGUGCUGAUCAAGAACGAGUACAUCGGCAUCAACUACAUCGACACCUACUUCCGCUCGGGCGUCUACGCGCCCCCCUCAUUCCCCUACAUCCUCGGCCGCGAGGGCUCCGGCACCAUCGCCGCCGUGGGCCCCAACGCGCCAUCCGAUCUCACCGUCGGCGCGCGCGUGUCCUACAUGGGCCAGAACGCGUACGCGGAGUACACCGCGGCGCCGUCCAACUACGUCGUGACGAUCCCGGACUCGAUCAGCACCAAGAUCGGCGCCGCUGCGCCGCUGCAGGCGCUCACUGCGCUGACGCUGAUCCGCGAGGCGUAUGCGGUGCAGAAGGGCGACUGGGUGCUUGUGACCGCUGCUGCGGGCGGUGUGGGGUUGUGGCUGUGCCAGUUGCUGCGGGCGGUGGGCGCGAGGACGAUUGCGACGGCGUCGACGCCCGAGAAGAGGGAGCUUGCGAAGCAGAAUGGCGCGGAGGUGCUGCUGGAGUAUCACGCUGAUGACCGCGAUGUGUUUGUGAAGAAGGUGCUGGAAAUUACUGGUGGCGAGGGUGUGCACGCCGUGUUCGACUCGGUCGGCAAAGACACGUUCGACAGCAGCUUGGCCGUGGUGAGGAGGAAGGGCACGAUGGUCAGCUUUGGCAAUGCGUCUGGGCCCGUUACUGGAUUCGCUCUUGCACGUCUCUCGGCAAAGAACGUGAAGCUGCUGCGCACUACACUGUUCAACUAUAUCGCAACCCGCGAUGAGCUCCAGCAGUACGCCAAAGAGCUGUGGAAUUUCAUUGAGAAAGACGGUCUGAAUGUCAAGAUCCACGAGAUCUAUCCGUUGGAGGAUAUCAAGCGCGCGACCGAGGACAUCGAGGGGAGGAGGACCACUGGAAAGCUGUUGCUGAAGCCGUAG